GCACUGUGCUUGGCAGGAAAAGUAGGUCAACACUUUCUUGGUGCCACUUUGCAACUUUGGCUUUCUCUAGACGAAUCUUAGUGAAGAAAAUAUUGAAGUUAUGUAUAGUGUGAAGCUGUCAAAGACUUCAUAUGGACCUGAAGAUGACAUCACUGCUGUUGUAGGACCUGAGGAUGACAUCGCUGCUGCUGUAGGACCUGAGGACAACGCUAGCGCCUUCGUUGAAGAGGCUGAUGACAUCAGCCGUGUUGUUGGACCUGAGGACGACGUCACAGCUGUUGUAGGGCUUGAAUCCGUUCUACGUACUCUGGAAAAGUUAAAAUGUUGAGGAGAUCACUGCUGACCAUUAUGCUGGGCUCCUUCGCCAUUUUUUAUUGGACCUUCCUCGCCCUCAUCGUUGACACUCAGCAGGAGCCGCUGCAGACGCAGGCCAUCUUCCUCGCUGUCAGCGAAGCCCAGGAGAGCCUGCAGGCGGGAAUGAGUUCGAAUACGAAGGAAGAGGAAGCGCCUUCAGCUUUACCAGAUAAUGUAAAUGAGGUGGCUAAUAUCAUGUCCGAGAGGCGGAAGGAGCUUCAAAAGCAGUGUGCAGAGACUCUGACCCCCGAGGAGGAAGCCCUACCAAUUAACAGCAAAGAAUUUCUCAUCAACGAUGAAUAUAAGCUAGUAUGGUGCAACAUCUUCAAGGCGGCUUCGUCGACGUGGAUGUACAACUUCAUUAUUAUGGCUGGGAAUUCCGACAAGUACUAUCAGAAAUCCAUGAAGACUUCCCCCGUGGAGGUGACGAGGGAGUUUUAUCCACGACCUUCUCUGGAGGACUUAGAACGCUCCGUUACACACCUUAACUACACUUCCUUCGUCAUCGUCCGAGAACCCUUUCAGCGACUCUUGUCCGCAUACCGGGACAAGAUGGAGUCUCCCAAACAGCCCUACUACGAAUCCCUCAGGUGCGCCAUCGUAGCCAACUUCAGCAGUGACGCGCACGAAAAUAGGGGCCGCUGCACCCCUACAUUCAGCGAGUUUGUAGACUACCUGCUGGAGGAGGCAUCGCUCGGCAGGCCUCCUAAUGAACACUGGGCGCCAUACUACAGUUUCUGCUCCCCGUGCCGGGUCAACUUCGAUUAUAUUCUCCACUUCGAAACUCUGCCCCGUGAUGAGGCUUUCCUCUUGCAAGCGGUGGAAGGACUUUCUAGAGUGGUGAGCCCCCAUAACCUUCACAGCUCCAACACCAACUACGAGACCAUCAACAGAGACUACUUCAGCCAGCUCACCAGCGCCCAGAUACAAGGGCUUCUCGCCAUCUACCAACACGACUUCACCAUUUUCGGAUACAGUGUGCAGAAAUACCUCGAGUUUGCUCAGUCGUAGCCUAGCAAAUUAUAUUUCAUAGACCACAUCACACGUUAUAAUUUAUUCCAUGUACUUGAGGUAAUUAUGAGGAGGAAACCCUUAAUCGGUAUGAGUAUAUUCCACUUGGGAUAUGAGUACAUGCUGUAAACUGAAAUAUGAGGAUGGAAUGAAGCACGAUGCCUUAAUCACUUUGGAUUAUCGGGGAUCGAAUGCCAACCUUGUAAGAGACAACGUUCGCUGUUCCGACUAGUCUAAGUGGAUGUGUCCGUAUACAAUGCAACUUGUGUUUGUUUUACAGACACUUAUAUGGUAGUUCAGAUGUCCAAAUAUAUCCAAAAUUAUUGUAUGAAGGAACAUGGAGAGACGUGUAUAUAUACAGAACGUUGUUACAUUUAUUUGUGUAUUUUUCAGUAUGCGCGUGUUUAACGGUGCAUGUGUUAUGUAUGAUAGUGUGGGUGUGUUUAAGGGUGUAUGUGUGAUGCAUGAUACACAGCCCCUCUGUUUAAGUCCCUUAACAUGCUAAACAUACACUCCCUCCACACAUUCUCAUGUGCUAUUUACAUGUGCAAAGCCUUGUUCCUAAAUGCUAAUCUUGAUCUGAAACAUUUCCUUGAUAGUUGUAACAGAACCCAUGAGCACCACACCAAAAAUUAAUAUAUCUUUAAUAUCCUCAGAGUCAAACUCAAUCUGUGCAAAUACUCUGAGCAAAUAAAAGGACCCAGUCUUUGAAACUCACUCCCUGAUGAGUUAUAAAAUCGUCCAACCUUAUUCAGAAGUAAACCCAAAAGUAGCUAAUUUCAUCCUCAUAGUUUCCUACCCUGUGCUUCAAACUCACACUGCAACUUGUACUACCCACUUCCCUAAUAUUAGUACUUGAGGCACAAAUCUUUACCAGUGUAAUCACCUCUGUCAAUUUAUGUUGUAGUUAAAAUAAAUAAAUAAAUAAAUAAG